AUGCAGCUUUCUGUCCUCUUUAGCGCGCUUUUAUCUUUCGUCAUUCUCGCCGCAGCGUCACCCACGCCAAAGGCCACGAUUGAGAAACUUUCCUCUAAACGAGAGGAACUCGGCUCCAGGUUCAAAGACUACCAGGAGCGCGAUGAACUCGGCUCCAGGUUCAAAGACUACCAGGGGCGCGAUGAACUCGGCUCCAGGUUCAAAGAGUACCAGGAGCGCGAUGAACUCGGCUCCAGGUUCAAGGAUUACCAGGAGGAUGAACUCGGCUCCAGGUUCAAGGAUUACCAGGAGGAUGAACUCGGCUCCAGGUUCAAAGACUACCAGGGGCGCGAUGAACUCGGCUCCAGGUUCAAAGAGUACCAGGAGCGCGAUGAACUCGGCUCCAGGUUCAAGGACUACCAGGGGCGCGAUGAACUCGGCUCCAGGUUCAAGGACUACCAGGAGCGCGAUGAACUCGGCUCCAGGUUCAAAGACUACCAGGGGCGCGACGAACUCGGCUCCAGGUUCAAGGACUACCAGGAGCGCGAUGAACUCGGCUCCAGGUUCAAGGACUACCAGGAGCGCGAUGAACUCGGCUCCAGGUUCAAGGACUACCAGGAGCGCGAGGAACUUGGCUCCAGGUUCAAGGAUUACCAGGGGGGAAUUGACUCCAGGUUCAAGGACUAUCAGGAGCGCGAGGAACUCAACUAG